AUGGCACCGAGUGCGACCGCGGACGAGGAGAGUCCGCAUCCUGAGCUUCUGGCGUCCUUGACGGCCAAGUACGACGACUGUCUACGCUUCUUCCUCAACGGCACGCGCGUCACCCUAGAUGACAUUGACCCGGAAAUCACCGUCCUGGAAUGGCUUCGAGGGAUCGGCCUCACGGGCACCAAACUAGGAUGCGGUGAGGGAGGUUGUGGUGCCUGUACCAUUGUCGUCAGCCAGUAUAAUCCCACAACAAAAAAGAUCUACCACGCAAGCAUCAACGCUUGUCUGGCGCCCUUGGUCAGUCUCGAUGGGAAGCAUGUCAUCACUGUCGAAGGCAUUGGGAGCAGCAAACGCCCCCAUGCCAUACAGGAGCGUUUUGCAAAGGGGGACUGUUCGCAGUGCGGAUUCUGCACUCCUGGAUUCAUCGCUAGUGCGUACGCUCUGCUGAGGAACAACGAAGCACCUACCGACGAGGACAUUGAAGAGGCUUUCGACGGCAACCUAUGUCGCUGCACCGGGUACUUUUCCAUUGGAGAGACUGCGCGAACGUUUAGCGUCGACCGAGUUUGCGGAAAGGGUGCCGAUUGCUGCAAAGUAAACGGCUCUGGUGGCGAUCAGCCUGUCAAACGAUUUACCCCUCCUGGAUUUAUCGAGUACAAUCCCGAAACAGAACUGAUAUUCCCACCUGCUCUGAAGAAGCAUCAGAUGCGGCCCCUGGCUUUUGGUAAUAAAAGGAAAAUUUGGUAUCGACCGGUAACACUGGAUCAACUGCUUCUGAUAAAGAAGGUCUACCCGCAGGCCAAGAUUAUCGGCGGAAGUACUGAAACUCACAUCGAGACGAGAUUCAAGGCCAUCUCUUACCCAGUGUCGGUAUAUGUGGGCGACAUUGCCGAGCUACGGCAGUACUCUUUCAACCAAAAUUGUCUCGAGAUAGGUGGGAAUGUGGUGUUGACCGAUCUAGAACGGAUAUGCGAGAUGGCCAUUGAAAAGUACGGACCACAGCGCUCACAGGUCUUCAAAGCAAUGCUGAAGCAGCUGAAGCUAUUCGCUGGUCGGCAGAUCCGGAACGUUGGCUCGCCCGCGGGAAACCUGAACACCGCUUCGCCCAUCUCUGACCUCAACCCUGUGCUCUGGGCGGCCAACAGUAUCAUCGUUGCCAAGUCAGCAACCCAGGAGACGGAGAUACCCAUGUCGCGGUUUUUCACUGGAUACCGGAAGACGGCAUUGCCGCAAGACUCGAUCAUCGCUUCCAUAAGGAUUCCAAUCACGGCUGAAAGGGGCGAGUACAUCCGGGCAUAUAAGCAGUCAAAACGAAAGGACGAUGACAUCGCCAUUGUGACCGGCGCCUUGCAGGUGAAGCUGAGCGACGAGGGUAUCGUCCUUGCUAGUAACUUUAUCUACGGCGGAAUGGCCGCGACGACCGUGGCCGCCAAAAAGGCAAUGGAGUAUAUUGUCGGCAAGCGAUUUUCCGAGUUGGAAACUCUGGAGGGGACAAUGAACGCGCUGGGACAUGACUUUGACCUGACUUUCAAUGUGCCUGGAGGCAUGGCAUCGUACCGAAAGGCAUUGGCGUUUGGGUUCUUUUACAGAUUCUACCAUGACGUCCUCGAGAGCAUUGCCGGUCUGAGCGACCAUUUGGACGGACAAGCUAUCAAGGAAGUGGAGAGAGAGAUCUCAACCGGCCAGGUCGACUCAACGGCCGCAAACGCAUAUAAACUGGAAGUUACCGGGCAAUCGAAAACCCACCUCGCGGCGUUGAAACAGACCACCGGCGAAGCGCAGUAUACGGACGAUGUCCCGGCUCUGAAGAAUGAACUUCACGCCUGUUACGUUUUGUCCUCGAGAGCGCACGCCAAGAUCCUGUCAAUCGACUACACUGAUGCUCUAGACAUGCCCGGUGUGGUUGAUUACGUCGACAAAGAUGACAUGCCUUCCAAGGAGGCUAAUAAAUUCGGUGCACCCAGCUUUGACGAGCUCUUCUUUGCCGACGGGGUGGUUAAUACUACCGGACAGCCCAUAGCCUUGAUCUUGGCUACGACGGCUAACCGCGCGCGGGAAGCGGCGAGGGCUGUCAAGGUAGAAUACGAAGACCUACCGGCGAUUCUCACCAUGGAGGAGGCCAUUGAGCAGGAGAGUUUCCACAACUUUUACCGGGAGAUCAAAAAUGGCGACACAGAACAGGGAUUCAAGGACUGCGACCACAUCUUCACUGGAUCAGUCCGGAUGGGGGGACAGGAGCAUUUUUACUUUGAGACUCACGCAUCCCUUGUCGUACCAAAACCGGAGGAUGGUGAGAUGGAGAUCUUUGCAAGCACCCAGAACGCCAACGAGACGCAGGUGUUUGCGGCACGUGUGUGCGAUGUGCACGCGAACAAGAUCAACGUUCGCGUGAAGAGACUUGGCGGUGGGUUUGGAGGAAAGGAGACAAGAUCGAUUUUGCUCUCGUCUGCUUUAGCCUUGGCAGGAAAGAAGACUGGGAGGCCUGUCCGGUACAUGCUCACUCGAGAGGAAGACAUGAUGCUAAUGGGACAACGCCACCCAUUCCUUGCCAAGUACAAGGUUGGAGUGAACAAGGAUGGCAAGAUCCAAGCCCUCGAAUGCAACAUCUACAACAAUGCUGGGCACACUAUUGACCUGUCUCAUGCUGUGUGCGAGCGAGCAAUGACACACUCAGACGGCUGCUACAAGAUUCCCAACAUCUUGCUUCGGGGGCGCCUCUGCAAGACAAAUACCAUGUCCAACACGGCAUUCCGAGGAUUCGGUGGUCCUCAAGGAAUGUUCAUUGCUGAGACGUGGAUGGAGGAGGUGGCUGAUCGACUGGGGAUGCCGGUCGAGAGGCUACGUGAAAUCAAUUUUUACAAAGAUGACGAAAGCACUCACUUUAACCAGAAGCUUACUGACUGGUUCGUCCCCUUGAUGUACCAGCAAGUCCAGGAUGAGUCUCGGUACAAUCAGAGGAGAGAGGCUAUUGCCAAGUUUAACGAAUCCAACAAGUGGCGCCAGCGAGGACUUGCCCUGAUCCCCACCAAGUUUGGAAUUUCCUUUACUGCCCUGUUCUUGAACCAAGCCGGCGCAUUGGUCCAUGUUUAUCACGAUGGCUCGAUUUUGGUUGCCCACGGAGGAACCGAGAUGGGACAAGGACUGCAUACAAAGAUGGUACAGAUUGCUGCUCAAGCAUUGAAAGUACCGAUCGAAACUGUGCACAUCUCAGAGACAGCGACCAACACAGUAGCAAACGCAUCCUCCACCGCCGCCUCGGCCUCCUCGGACCUGAACGGGUAUGCCAUCUACAAUGCCUGCAAGCAACUAAACGAGAGACUGGCACCGUACAGGGAGAAGCUGGGUCCAGAUGCCACAAUGAAGGAGCUUGCCCACGCCGCCUAUUUUGACAGAGUAAACCUCAGUGCCCAGGGCUUCUAUAAAACGCCUGAGAUUGGAUACAACUGGGAUAAGAAUGAAGGAAAGAUGUUCUUCUACUUUACCCAGGGUGUUGCCGCGGCCGAGGUCGAAAUAGACCUCUUGACUGGAACGUGGACGUGCCUCCGCGCAGAUAUCAAGAUGGAUGUCGGCCAGUCCAUCAACCCUACAAUCGAUUACGGCCAAAUCCAAGGCGCGUUUGUCCAAGGCAUGGGACUCUUCACCAUGGAAGAGUCGCUCUGGCUGCGGAACGGUCCCAUGGCCGGCAAUCUGUUCACGCGUGGCCCAGGGGCGUACAAGAUCCCCGGAUACCGUGACAUACCCCAGGUUUUCAACGUAUCACUGCUCAAAGAUGUCGAGUGGAAGGAGUUGAGGACUAUUCAACGUAGCAGGGGGAUUGGUGAGCCACCUCUGUUCAUGGGUAGUGCCGUGUUCUUUGCGAUACGUGAUGCUCUUCGUGCUGCACGCAGCGCAAAUGGAAUCACUGCCAAGGUUGGAGAUUCGGAGGAUGCUGGCGGUUUGUUGAGGCUGGAGAGUCCUGCUACGACGGAACGCAUCAGGCUGGCGUGUGAGGAUGAGAUCAUGAAGCGAGCUAGGGUGGUGCCGAAAGAUGGGGAGAAGAGCACUGUCUGGGUUUGCUCUGGAUAUCGUGUCCAGAAAAUCUCUGAGCCAUCGUUAACAUCCCUCAGAGUCCUCCAACAGAUCUCCCAACGAUAUUGCUCCGCGCACGCGAGAGCACGCAACCCCGAAAAAAUGACUGACCGCGAGGUGCUCCCGGAUAACGUGAGGCCAACUCACUAUAGCCUCUCACUCCGGGACCUCGAGUUCAAAAACUGGACUUACCAGGGAACUGUCGGAAUCAAUGUCGAAAUCACCAAGCCAACCAAGGAAAUCGUUCUCAACACGCUCGAGCUCAAGCUUCACAACGCCAAGGUGAAGGUUGAACAUACCAAAUCUGAGCAGACAAUCGAAACCACAAACUUCUCGUACAAUGAAAAGGCCCAGCGAGCAACCAUUGUCUUUGACCAGGAGCUUCCUGUGUCAAAGAAGGCUUCUCUGACUAUCACCUUCGAGGGUACCAUCAACAAUGAACUUGCUGGGUUCUACCGAAGCAAAUAUAAACCCACCGAAACUCCCGCUAAGUCGGUGCCUCAUGACGAUGAGUGGCACUAUAUGUUCAGCACCCAAUUUGAGUCUUCUGAUGCUAGGCGGGCCUUCCCCUGUUUCGACGAACCCAGCCUCAAGGCAACCUUUGACUUUGAGGUUGAGGUUCCAGUUGACCAGGUUGCUCUGAGCAACAUGCCCGUUAAGGAAACUAAGCCUACUAAAGAGGGGUGGCAACUGGUGACUUUCGAAACGUCCCCCCUGAUGAGCUCCUACCUUCUCGCCUGGGCCAUUGGUGACUUCGAGUACAUCGAAACUUUCACUGAGCGCAAGUACAACGGAAAGCAACUCCCGGUUCGUGUCUAUACCACGCGGGGUCUGAAGGAACAGGGCCGGUGGGCUUUGGAACACGCGGCCCCGUGCAUUGACUACUUCUCGAAGAUUUUUGAUAUCGACUACCCUCUUCCCAAGGCUGAUUUGCUUGCUGUGCACGAAUUUACCCAUGGCGCUAUGGAAAACUGGGGCCUAGUGACGUAUCGCACUACCCAGGUUCUUUUUGACGAGAAAACGUCGGACCCACGUUUCAAAAACUCCAUCGCAUACGUCGUUGCCCACGAACUCGCCCAUCAAUGGUUCGGCAACCUCGUUACAAUGUCCUGGUGGGAUGAAUUAUGGCUCAAUGAGGGAUUUGCGACAUGGGCUGGUUGGGCAGAAGUCUCGAAGAUGCACCCGGAGUGGGAGGUUUGGGCUCAAUUCGUGAACGAAGGCAUGGAGACGGCGUUCCGCCUCGAUGGCAUCCGGGCCAGCCACCCAAUCCACGUGGAAGUGCGCGACGCCCUGGACGUCAAUCAGAUCUUUGACUCUAUUAGUUAUUUGAAGGGUUGCUCAGUGAUUCGGAUGCUUGUAAACCACCUUGGGUUUGAUACUUUCGUCAAGGGUGUUUCCAAGUACCUCAAGGCUCACGCAUAUGGCAACGCCACAACCAAGGAUCUUUGGGACGCACUGAGCGAAGUUUCUGGACAGGAUAUCAAUAAAAUCAUGGCACCUUGGAUCGCCAAGAUUGGCCAUCCUGUGCUGGACGUUGGUGAGGAACCUGGUCAGAUCACCAUCAACCAGUCCCGCUUCCUUUCAACCGGUGACGUCAAGCCCGAGGAGGACACUACAACCUGGUGGGUUCCUCUUGGCCUUGAGGGUAAAAAGGAUGAAUCUGGUGUCGCUGCGUUGAGUCUCGAGAAAAAGGAGGAGACCAUCACCGGCAUCAACGAUGACUUCUACAAGCUCAACAGUGGUGCCACUGGCUUCUUCCGUGUCAAUUACCCAGCUUCCCGACUUGCUAAGCUCAGCACUCAGCUUGACAGGCUCAGUACUGAGGAUAAGAUUGCCAUCAUUGGAUCGACUGCCGACCUCGCCUUUGCCGGCAACGGCAACACUGCUGCUCUCUUGACAUUCCUCCAGGGUUUCAGUAAUGAGUCUCACUCGCUCGUGUGGAGCCAGGUCCUCGACUCUGUUGGUUCAGUGAAGUCAGUCUUUGGAGAGGACGAAGACCUAAAGAAGGGCUUGAGCAACUUUGUUGUCAAGCUCAUUGACGCCAAGGUCAAGGAGAUCGGAUGGGAGGCCCGCGAAGGCGAAGACUACCUUGUUGGGAUUUUGCGAAAGUCUCUGAUUUCCUCUGCCGUUGCUAGCGGCCAUCCCGAAGUUACCGCAGAGGCUCUUAAGCGCUUCGACGCCUGGGUUGAGAAUCCCGAGGCUAACCCCAUCCCUCCCUCGCUCCGCACCUCGGUCUGGCGCGCUGGUCUCGACAAGGAUCCCGCCCGCACAGUUCCCAUCCUGAAGAAGGAGUGGCUUGAGACCAAGUCCAUCGACGGCAAGCUUCUCUGCCUUUCCGUCCUUGGACUUACCAAGGACGCCGGGCUUCUGAAGUCGUCUGUCAUUCCCUUCAACUACAACACCUCGCCCCCGUCCGACUCGGUGCCCAGCGCGGACAUGCACGCCCUCGCGGCUUCUCUUUCACGAAACUCGUCCGCGCGCGACCUGCACUGGGAUUUCAUCAAGAACCACUGGGAUGCCAUUGUCAGCAAGAUCGGCAACCCCAUUGUCGUCGACCGCCUGGUCAAGGUCAGCUUGAACCGCUUCACCGACGAGUCGUUUGUCGACGACAUUGCCAAGUUCUUUGCCGACAAGGAUACCACUGCCUUCAACCGCUCCCUGGGGACGGUCCAGGACAACAUCCGCGGCCGUGCCGCUUACAAGAAGCGCGAUUCUGCUGCGCUCAAGGAGUGGCUCAGCGCUAAUAACUACAUUUGA